UGCCGUCAGAAAAAAACAUGAAACCACCUCGUGACCUGGACAAAGGUCUCUGAAGAAGUCGGUUCCUGGACUCCUGGCGGUGCAGGAUGGGGCGGCUUGAUGGGAAAGUGAUACUGCUGUCUGCUGCAGCACAAGGAAUUGGUCGCGCUGUGGCUUUAGCUUUUGCAAAGGAAGGAGCCAAAGUAAUUGCUACAGAUGUCAAUGAAUCCAAACUCCGAGAACUGGAAGCUUACCCAGGCAUCCAGGUUCAGGUGCUGGAUGUCACCAACAAAGAACAAAUUGAAAAACUGGCCAAGGAAGUUAAGAGGAUUGAUGUUCUGUGUAAUAUUGCAGGAUUUGUCAGUAAUGGGACCAUUUUGGACUGUGAGGAAAAAGACUGGGACUUCACAAUGAAUGUCAAUGUGCGCAGCAUGUAUCUGAUGAUGAAAACAUUCCUGCCUAAGAUGCUGGAGCAAAAAUCUGGUAAUAUUAUCAACAUGUCUUCUGUGGCAUCCAGCAUCAAAGGGAUUGUUAACAGGUGUGUCUACAGUACCUCAAAGGCAGCGGUUAUUGGUCUCACCAAAUCCAUAGCUGUUGACUUUGCUGAAAAAGGAAUCAGAUGCAACUGUGUUUGUCCUGGCACUAUUGACACUCCUUCUCUGCGUGACAGAAUCCAGGCCAGCCCAGAUCCAGAACAGGCACUGAAAGACUUUCUGGCCAGGCAAAAGAUGGGUAGGAUCGGUACAGCUGAAGAAGUAGCUCAUCUCUUUGUAUAUCUGGCUUCCGAUGAAUCAGCAUACAUGACUGGCAGGGAGUGCAUCAUUGAUGGUGGCUGGAGUAUGUGACGUAGCACCAAGGGACUCCCAUUUGCAAAUGAAGAUAUUUUCCCUGGAGAUGCUGCUUGCAGACUAAAUAGCGUGAACGACUACACCCUACAGCCUUAAAGUCCUGAUUUCAUACUCUGGGAGAUCUCUCCAGACACAAACACUGUUCAUUACAUGACCAAUAAAAUGUAAUUCUUUUCA